UUCUUAACUUGUUAAAUUUAGUUUACCAUUUUGUUUUCCUUUUUUCAAUAUUAUUAUCAAUUUAAGAAGAUCUGACCCUUCAUUAAUAAAAUAGUUCCUAAAGUUCAUGCGGACCCUUCAUUAAUAAAUGGUUCCAAAAGUUCAUGCUGAUCCUUCAAAAUUUGGGAAUGAUAGUGACAAAAACAUUAUCGAGAAUUGGAAGAAACGUAUGCAUGUUUAUGGUGAGAGGCUUAAAAGGUUUCCUUGUUUAGUUUGGAAUGUUGGACGUGAUGACCCAAGAAAGUUGAUCCAUGCAUUCAAAGUUGGUUUAUCUCUUACUCUUGUAUCAUUGCUUUACAUUCUGGAGCCACUCUUUGAAGGGGUUGGUCAGAAUGCUAUUUGGGCCGUCAUGACCGUCGUCGUGGUUUUCGAGUUCACCGCAGGGGCAACUUUAUGCAAAGGGCUUAAUAGAGGAUUAGGGACACUAUUAGCAGGAAUAUUAGCAUUUUUUCUUGAUUAUGUUGCAAAUGAAUCUGGUCAGAUCUUUCAAGCUGUUUUCAUUGCAUCUGCAGUUUUUAUCAUAGGAUCUGCAACCACUUAUAUAAGGUUCAUUCCACAUAUAAAGAAGAAUUAUGAUUAUGGUGUGCUUAUAUUUUUUCUCUUGACAUUCAACUUGUUAACCGUUUCGAGUUACCGGGUUGAUCAAGUCUUUAAGAUGGCACAUGACAGAUUCUACACCAUAGCCAUAGGUUGUGCUGUUUGUCUUAUGAUGAGUCUUUUGGUAUUUCCAAAUUGGUCAGGGGAAGAGCUUCAUCAUUCCAUAGCUUUCAAACUUGAAGGCCUAGCCAAAUCUAUAGAAGUUUGUGUCAAUGAAUAUUUUUAUGGAGAAAUUGAAGCUUCUAGUGAUAUUAAAUCUUCUGAAGAUCCAAUAUACAAAGGUUAUAAGGCAGUUUUGGAUUCAAAAUCCGUUGAUGAAACAUUGGCAUUACAUGCAAGUUGGGAGCCAAAACAUUCUAGACACUGUCACAAAUUUCCAUCGCAGCAGUAUGUAAAAGUUGGAAUUGUUCUUCGUCAAUUUGGGUAUACAGUGGUAGCUCUACAUGGCUGUUUGAGAACAGAAAUUCAGACACCAAGAUCCGUUAGAGUCCUAUUAAAGGACCCAUGCAUAAGACUAGCAGCAGAGGUAUCAAAAGUUUUGACAGAACUUGCAAACAGCAUAAGAACUCGACGCCAUUGCUCUCCCGAAGUCCUCUCCGAUAAUCUUCAACAAGCACUACAAGACCUAAACACUUCCAUAAAAUCUCAGCCACGUCUCUUCUUAGGCUCAAACGACAUCCACUCCAACAUGCUCGCCACCAUAGCAGGAACAGAACAACAACAACAAACAAAACAUGGAAAAAGCUCACUCCCAACUGUUAAAACAGAUUCUUCAGCUUUGUUAGAUUGGAAAACCAAAACGGUAUCUGAACCAGAACGUAAAGUGUUGCGAAAACAGAUGAGUAAAAUAGCUAUAACUAGUCUUGAGUUUUCUGAGGCAUUGCCUUUAGCUGCUUUUUCUUCUUUGCUUGUGGAAACAGUGGCGAAACUUGACUUGAUAAUUGAUGAAGUUGAAGAGCUUGGGAGGUUGGCAUGUUUCAAACAAUAUAGAGAUGGUGAUGAGUUUUGUGUUAGUUGUGAGAAACCAAAAAGUGAUGUGUUGGAGAAACGUUUAACUUCUGAUGGAGGAGAAUGAUUCUAUGUGGCAGCACUUAAUUGAAUGGAUUCUUUUCAUGAUAUAUAUGAAUUAGUUACUACUUUAUAAGUGACACGGAAGAUCUAUUGAAUAGUUAGAUUAUGUUUGUACUAUAGUAAUUAGUGUUAUUUAACAUAAAAAGUGAACAAAAGUAACCAAUACAUCUCUCAUACUAUGAUUGAUGUGUGUUAUUUACUUCGGAUAUAAGAGAAAAAUAUUAAAAAAUUCAGGUAACAUAUGUAUAUAGUGUUGAGUGUUAUUU